AUGACAAAGCUAACAGAUGAGGUACCUCAUCAAGACCAAGGAGAGAACUCAACAAUUGCUUCUCUUCUAGAGAAUCUUACGAUGAAGCUGACACGGAUUUUGACUCAGAGUUCAACUCAGGUAUCAACACAAUCCCAGGAGCCAUCCAUUGCACAAAUCUCAGUCAAAUUGGAUGGAUCAAAUAAUGGAUUGUGGUCUCAAGUGGUGGAGAUGUUCAUCUCCGGUAAAGACAAGUUGGGUUAUAUUAAUGGUGAUCUCCCUCAACCCUCACCUACCGAUCCUCAAUUUCGAAAGUGGAAGACUGAGGAUGCGAUUGUGAAGGGGUGGCUAAUCAACUCGAUGGAUCUUGCAUUAAUAGGAAAUUUUAUUCACUUCCCAAAUGUGAAGAUGGUAUGGGACUCUAUUGCAACAACCUUCUUUGAUGGAAGUGAUGCCUCCCAAGUUUAUGACUUGAAGAGGCAUGGGGUCGAGUGGAACGUCCAGAACGUCGAGGCUGCUCACUUCUUGGCUCUAUUGGUAUUGCGGGAGAUGGCUUUUGAUGAAUUGUUGGCGAAGAAGUCAUUGGGGAAAUGGGUGAAGAAUCUUCUUUAG